GGCGGCGGCAGCUCCAUUCUUCAGGCAAAGCUCGUGGCAAGCACAUCCCCACCUUGGCGCAAAACCGCCAGGAAGGCAAGAGGGGGAGGAGGAGGCCAAAAGUCUGGCCGGAGCAGGAGGAGCCCUCCGCCGUCGCCAAGGAACCUGGAGCUACAGAGGCGGAGAAGGCUGCCUGGGGAGGGAGCGCCCGCGAGCUGGGACUGGCCGCCGCGCGCCAACUUCAGCUGAGCCGACCCGGGCCGAGAGCGAGAGCCGCCGACGCCGCCACCUUGAGGGACCCCGCCAUGCCUUGCUUCGGUCCCCGUUUAGCCAGCCAGGCACGGACCGCGUGAGCGCUGCAGCGGGCGCAACUUCCCCUCGCUCUGCUCGCUCGGCCAGCAGCGGGCUGAGGGCAGGGAGGCUCCCCGCGGCCCGCCGGCCGGGCUUCCACGGCUUGUCCUUCUGAUUCUCCCCCAAGUCCUGAAGUCGAACCUCAGAGGCGACACGGCGGCUUCAGCCGACUUCUUCCCUUUCCUGUGCCUCCCCAUGGAUAUGCACUGCAAAGCAGACCCCUUCUCCGCGAUGCACCCAGGGCACGGGGGUGUCAACCAGCUCGGGGGGGUGUUUGUGAACGGCAGGCCCCUACCGGACGUGGUGCGGCAGAGGAUCGUGGAGCUGGCUCACCAGGGCGUGCGGCCCUGCGACAUCUCCCGGCAGCUGCGGGUCAGCCACGGCUGUGUCAGCAAGAUCCUGGGCAGGUACUACGAGACCGGGAGCAUCAAGCCCGGCGUGAUCGGCGGCUCCAAGCCGAAGGUCGCUACCCCGAAAGUCGUGGAUAAAAUCGCCGAGUACAAAAGGCAGAACCCCACCAUGUUCGCUUGGGAGAUCCGCGACCGGCUCCUGGCCGAGGGCAUCUGCGACAAUGAUACGGUCCCCAGCGUCUCCUCCAUCAACCGGAUCAUCAGAACCAAAGUACAACAGCCUUUCCACCCAACACCAGAUGGGAGCGGAACAGGGGUAACUGCACCUGGACAUACUAUAGUUCCCAGUACAGCAUCCCCUCCUGUCUCCAGUGCCUCCAAUGAUCCAGUGGGCUCCUACUCCAUUAAUGGGAUUCUGGGGAUUCCUCGGUCGAAUGGUGAGAAGAGGAAACGUGAUGAAGAAGUAUCCGAGGGCUCGGUCCCCAAUGGCGAUUCCCAGAGCAGCGUGGACAGUUUGCGAAAGCACCUUCGUGCUGACACUUUCACACAACAGCAGCUGGAAGCAUUAGAUCGGGUCUUCGAGCGCCCUUCUUACCCUGACGUCUUUCAGGCAUCAGAGCACAUCAAAUCUGAGCAGGGUAAUGAGUAUUCCCUCCCAGCUCUGACCCCUGGUCUUGAUGAAGUCAAGUCAAGUCUAUCCACCUCUGCUAACCCAGACCUGGGGAACAACGUGUCAGGACCCCAGACAUACCCUGUAGUGACUGGUCGUGACAUGGCCAGCACAACCUUGCCUGGCUACCCACCACAUGUUCCACCAACUGGACAAGGCAGCUACCCAACCUCAACUCUUGCAGGAAUGGUGCCUGGGAGUGAAUUCUCAGGCAAUCCUUACAGCCACCCUCAGUACACAACCUACAAUGAGGCCUGGAGGUUCAGCAAUCCUGCAUUACUAAGUUCCCCUUAUUAUUAUAGUGCCACAUCCCGGGGCUCCGCACCUCCCACUGCUGCCGCUGCCUAUGACCGCCACUAGUUACCAUGGAAACCACAUGAAACUGCAGGGUGACAGCCUAGGCCUCCAUAUUGUACCUGUCUGAUGGACAUUCUGCACCACUUGGAAGAAGACAACAUCCCUCCCCUCCUCCUUCUACCCCUCGUUAUUCUUUCGGACUGCAGAAUUUACUGUCAACACAAGAUUGAAAAUGUUAUGUCCUUUGCAAUCUAUCCAAGCUACUCCAUUGGGUGAUGGCAAAACCAAGUUUAUGGCCAGUGGUUCUGCUGUCACUGUUGCUAAUACCACUGCAGUACUUCAGACUCCUCCUUGGUGAAUUCUUCAGUUCCUUCCACAUGAGGCUUCUCUAACUGUAAGAAGAAUAUAACUUGCGGAGAGUGGUGUGGGCAGGCAGUAGCAGAGGAGAAUGCUGCUUAUAAUUCAUUGUUCCCCCUCUAAGAUGAUCUUCUAUGAAAAACAACUCAGAAUGAUCAACAGUCAAAUUUCCAGAAGCCUGAGAGAACCAUGUGGCUCAGCCUAAUGAAGGGGGAAAGACUCUGCAUCAUCCACUGGGUUUCACAAAAGUUUCCUUGUGUGGUACAUUCCCACCCAUUCCUCUAUAGGUUGGUUGAAAUAGUUAGGCCUUGCUUUCUUCUCAGUGUCACCUGAAGAUUGACCAUUUCCAUCCUGUUUGUCAUAAUCUUACAAGCUGAAGUUGAACAAGCAAUCACACCCAUAAAACAUACAGAGUCAGGUCAGAUAGGAGGAUGGAGUGAUGUCAACCAACUAUCAAAAUGAAGAACUAUACAAGUGGUUAUAUAAAUAUAACUGUUUUUAAUGCUUUGUCCUGAAAGUCUAUAAAUGGAGGGGGGAAAUAAACAAAACCCCAGUUUUCUAAAAAAGUAAAAAGUUGUGACAGAUUAAGCUGAAAUACCACCCCAACUUCAAUGAUAGACACAUUAUCCUGGGUUUCAUUCUUUUCCUACUAUGCACACAGGAAUAUUCAUGUAUGGCAGAGAAGAGAGCAAGUGCAUUUUGUGGGCAGCUUUCUGCACAAUACACAAAUUUGGCAACACUUAAGGAAAAAGUUAAAAGGUCCAUCCUUUAUGCAACUUUUAUUUGAUUAGUUGCCAGCCAAAAUAUAUUGCUUUUUGCUGGAGAAUAUAACAGUUUGGGCAACUGACAAUGAACCAAAACAAUUCCGUAUAGAACUGGGAUUGUUUUUUUGGUUCUCUACCUUUCAGUUUCUGCCAUUCAUAUAGAAUAUGAUAGAAUAAAGUUAUGAGAAGUGCUGUACUGCAAAAGAAAUGUUGGAAUACAGAAAAAAACAGAUUUCACUUCUAGAAUGUUAUGCCUUCUCUUCUUAUUUACAGUCACAAAAGAAAGGGCACACACCAGCAGUGGGUUUACAACUUGGUCACAACUUGAUUUGAGAAUGGGCAGAUAAGCGAUCGUGCCAAUGCCAAUUCAUGCCAAAUCUAAAAUUUCAAAAUCACCUUUAAACUUGCCCCCUAAUGC